UCUGCUCUUUCUAGUGUCCAGGAUGAGGCUGUGGACAAAAGCAAGUUUAAGGAGUGCAACCAGAUUGCUUUUUACAGGCGUCAGAAACUUCUACAGUCUGGAAAAUCCUCAUAUAGAGCAUUGUUGGAUUCAGUCACAUUAAGUGAUGACAAUGUGAAAUUCCAUAUUAUUCAUGAGGACAAUAAGAUUCUUCUACAAGUAGAAAUUUGUGAAAUAGAGGGCAACAUUUUCAGGCUUAAAAUCAAUGAGGCAGCUCCUCUCAGGGCAAGGUACGAAGUUCCUGAUGUUCUCAUAAGGGAACCUACCACCCAGAGGCUCUCUAUAUCCCAUAAAGAAGCAGGUAUAUUGAUGCUGAAGAGUGUUAAUGAGGAGUACCAGCUUCAAGUCACGGCAAACCCCUUCCAUAUUGAGCUACAGUUCAAGGAUGAGAUUGUUCUGAGCAUGAAUUCCAAUGGGUUGUUAUAUUUUGAGCACCUACAACCACCUCCCAGUGAUAGAAAAACUACAGCAGAAAACAAAGAAAAGGCAGCAAGUGACUCCUCUAAGGGGAAACAAGAGGACCUAGGUCUCUGGCAAGAGAAAUUCGACAGUUUUUUAGACAUCAAAGCCCAUGGCCCUAGUUCUGUAGGUGUGGACUUCUCUUUACAUGGAUUUGAGCAUGUUUAUGGAAUACCACAACAUACAGAAACACUCCUUCUCAAAAACACCAGUGAUGGUGAUGCCUACCGGCUUUACAAUUUGGAUAUCUUUGGCCACAAGAUACAUGACAAAAUAGGCAUUUAUGGCUCAGUGCCCUUUCUCUUAGCUCACAAGCCCAACAGAACUUCUGGAAUCUUCUGGCUGAACUCAUCAGAAACGCUGGUGGACAUUAGCACAAAGGCAGCAGCUGAGCAUGUGCCCUCCAGAUCCACCGCAGAGACUGCUAAGCAGCGGGUGGUGCCUCGAACCGAUGUGCGCUGGAUGUCGGAGAGUGGGAAACUGACAGGCACUCAAGCCCUACCUCCCCUCUUUUCUCUGGGCUACCAUCAGUGCCGCUGGAAUUAUGAGGAUGAGCAAGAUGUCAAGGCAGUAGAUGCUGGCUUUGAUGAACAUGACAUUCCUUAUGACGUGAUAUGGCUGGACAUCGAGCACACGGAUGGGAAGAGGUAUUUCACCUGGGACAAGAAAAAAUUCCAGAACCCCAAAAGGAUGCAGGAACUUCUCAGGAAGAAAAAACGCAAGCUUGUCGUCAUUGUAGAUCCCCACAUUAAAGUUGAUCCCAAGUAUGCCCUAUAUUCACAGGGCAAAGACAAGGGGUAUUUUGUGAAAGAUAGAAAUGGACAAGAUUUUGAGGGCAUCUGUUGGCCAGGUUCUUCUUGUUAUCUGGAUUUCACCAAUCCUGAAGUACGAAAAUGGUAUGCGGAUCAAUUUGCCUUCAAAACAUACAAGGGGUCAACUGAUAUCCUCUUUGUGUGGAAUGACAUGAACGAGCCUUCAGUCUUCAGAGGGGCAGAGCUAACAAUGCAGAAGGACGCUGUGCACUACAGCAGCUGGGAGCACCGCGAGGUUCACAACCUCUACGGGUUCUACCAGCAAAUGGCAACUGCAGAUGGACUCAUCAAACGUUCUUUGGGAAAAGAGAGACCAUUUGUCCUCACCCGAUCUUUCUUUGCUGGAUCACAAAAGUAUGGUGCAGUGUGGACUGGAGACAACAAAGCAGAGUGGGAAUACUUGAAAAUCUCCAUUCCGAUGCUGCUUACUCUCAGCAUAGCAGGGAUUUCAUUCUGUGGAGCUGAUGUGGGAGGGUUUAUUGGAGACCCAGAACCAGAACUACUUGUUCGCUGGUAUCAGGCUGGAGCCUACCAGCCCUUCUUCAGAGGCCAUUCUAACAUGGAGAGCAAACGGCGAGAACCAUGGCUCUUUGGGGAGAAGAACACCCAGAUCAUCAGGGAAGCCGUCAGAGAGCGCUACCUCCUGCUGCCCUACCUCUACACGCUCUUCUAUCGGGCACACACAGCAGCUGAACCAGUUAUGAGGCCUCUCUGGAUAGAGUUUCCAGAGAAAAUAGACACUUUCAGUGUGGAAAAUGAGUAUAUGCUGGGAAAUGCUUUGCUGGUGCAUCCCGUCACUGAGCGAGAGGCUGAGUCAGUGAGUGUUCUGCUUCCUGGGUCAGAGGAGGUUUGGUAUGAUUUCAGGAAAUUUACACGCAUGGAAGCAGCAGGCACUCUGAAGAUCCCAGUAACACUGGAGAACAUUCCUGUAUUCCAGCGUGGGGGGACUGUGAUACCUCUGAAGACCAGAGCUGGAAAAUCCACUGAAUGGAUGAUAGAUAUUUCUUAUGAACUCCAUGUGGCCCUGGACACAGAGGGCUGUGCAAAAGGUGAACUCUACCUAGAUGAUGGACAUUCCUUCCAGUAUCUACACGAGAAGCAGUUCCUGCACCGGAAAUUCACUUUCCAGAAGCAAGUUCUCUCUUCCAGAUGCACAGAUGAAAAGGGACAAUACCACACUACAUGUGUAUUUGAACAGGUGAUAAUUCUGGGACUUGGACAGCAACCCAUGUCUGUGACAACACAUUCAAAGGAUGGAAAGGAAAAAGAAGUGGUUUUCACGUAUGAUACGAAGACUUCUGCGUUGAAGCUGGAACAGUUAGCCCUGAGUGUUGUUGCUGACUGGGAGAUACAUAUCAAGUGAAAGGAGAAACAGCUACUUCGGAGAAUUCGCCAAGAGAUUUA